UAAGCCCUUGCAAUCACUGAAAUACACACUCACUCUAAUCAAAAUUAUAAAUUUCUGAAUCUCUCUUUCAUCCUCGUCGACUGCAAGUUCUUCAAACUCUUCGAGCUCGCCUCAAUUCACGCCGCCGCGUAUCCCGUUCAGACACACACCCCUCAAUUCGCAUUGUAACCGACCACGAGAAAAUGGGUAUUCCGUGAAUUGUUGCUCCAUUUUGCUUGUGCCGUCUCCUUUAAAGGCCAUUGAACAAGAUCUUCCUGAAGUAGGAAAGAGUGCUGACUCUAGUACAAAAUCAAUGAUACCUCCUACUUCGUCACUCCCAUCAAAUACUGGUACAUUUUCAUCUGGAGCAGCAGGCCAGGACAUGGCCCAUCCAGGCCCUCCAUUUUUUAUUCCUGAAGGAAAUUCAUCACAUGCUGGAAAUUAUACUUUCAAUGGAAAUGUACUACCAAAGCAGACUGAUCAAUCACAAACAACCAAUGCAAGAGCUAUUGGUACUGCAGAAAUGGGAGCAACUACUCCUGCGUCAGCAGUUAUACAGUCUGCUUCUCAGCCUCUCCCUAAUGCCAGUCCUGCUGCACAUUUUGCACCCUACAGUUUUAGCAAUAUGAAUUCAUGGAUGCCUGCUCCAGCAACAUUUCAAGUGCCCACAAGGAUGGCUAAAGCUCCUGCUACCCCUGCCCCCCCUGGAAUGGCUUCUAACAUACUUUCUCCCUCAAGUUCAACCAUUCAUGCUUCGUCUCAGGAUUCCAUUGGAUUAAGAACGUUCAUGCCUGGUGCUCCUGUUCUCCCCAACCCUCCCAUUCAGCAUAAUGCAGCUGCUAUGUACCCAUCUGCUCCUCCUCAGGCUGGUCCUCCUGGACCAUGGCUGUCUCAUCAGCAGAUCAGUGGCUUUGCUAGACCAUCUUUUUCACCUUAUGGUGCUGCUGUUCCUGGGCCAUAUCCAAUGGCGAUACGUAGCACACCCCCACUAUCUGUUUCAUAUCCUGAUAUCCAACCUCCUGGAGUUUCACCUGCAGUAUCUGCAAUGGGGGCUCCUGCAGCCUCCUUUUCUGCUGGUAACCAGUCAUCCCAUGGUUCUGGACAGGCAGAGUUACCUCCUGGAAUUGAAACUAAUGAUGAAACUCCUAGUAACGAAAAACUGGAUGCCUGGACAGCCCACAGGACAGAGUCUGGGAUUGUGUACUAUUAUAAUGCAUUGACGAGGGAGUCUACAUAUGAGAAACCUUCAGGUUUUAAAGGAGAGUCGGAUAGAGCAACUUCCCAGCCAACUCCUGUUUCAUGGGAGAAAUUAUCUGGUACUGAUUGGACACUUGUCACCACUAAUGAUGGGAAAAAAUAUUACUACAACACCAUACAUAAGGUAAGUAGCUGGCAAAUACCUAGUGAGAUAACUGAGUUGAGAAAGAAGCAUGAUGCUGAUGCUUUGCAAGUUUCAUCAGUGUCAGUGACCAAUACUAAUAUUAUAACUGAAAAAGGAUCUGAUCUUGUUAGUUUAAGCACACCUGCUGCUAACACAGGCGGUCGUGAUGCCAUAGCAGUUAGAUCUUCAGGUGCAUCUGCCUCAUCUUCUGCACUGGAUCUCAUAAAAAAGAAGUUGCAAGAUUCUGGAAUUCCCGAUUCUAGUUCCUCCCCAUCUGUGUCUGGUUCAGUUGCAGUAGAACUUAAUGGCUCAAAACCAAUGGAGGCAACUAUGAAAAAUAUCCAAAAUGAUAAUAAGGAUAAGAACGGGGAUGGUGAAUUAUCCAAUUCUUCUUCCGAUUCUGAGGAUGAAGAUGGAGGCCCGACCAUGGAGGACUGUCUCCUCCAGUUCAAGGAGAUGCUUAAGGAAAGGGGAGUGGCACCAUUCUCAAAAUGGGAGAAAGAACUUCCUAAAAUAGUUUUUGAUCCGCGCUUUAAGGCCAUUCCAGACCAAAGUGCACGAAGAGCUCUCUUUGAGCACUAUGUCCGAACUCGUGCUGAAGAGGAACGGAAGGAAAAACGAGCAGCUCAGAAGGCUGCUUUGGAGGGUUUCAAGCAGUUACUGGAAGAAGCAAAGGAGGACAUUGAUCAGAAUACUGAUUAUCAAACAUUUAAGAGGAGAUGGGGUGAAGAUCCACGAUUUCUGGCCUUGGACAGGAAAGAGAGGGAACAUUUGUUAAAUGAAAGGGUGUUACUUCUGAAAAGGAGUGCUCAAGAAAAAGCUCAAGCACAGCGUGCUGUAACGACAUCUAAUUUCAAGUCGCUGCUUAAGGAUAGCGAAGACAUUACGUCUACUUCCAGGUGGUCAAAGGUGAAGGAUAGCUUAAGAAGUGAUCCCCGAUACAAGUCAGUCAAGCAUGAAGACAGGGAGAAGUUAUUCAAUGAAUACGUAGCAGAACUAAAGGCUGCUGUAGAAGAGACUGCUCAGAAGGCGAAGGCAAAACAAGACGAGGAGGAUAAACUAAAGGAGAGAGAGAGAGCUUUGAGAAAACGAAAAGAAAGAGAAGAGCAAGAAGUUGAGAGAGUGAGGCAGAAAGCUCGCAGGAAGGAAGCUGUUGAAUCAUAUCAAGCUCUAUUGGUGGAAACAAUAAAAGAUCCUCAGGCAUCUUGGUCAGAAUCAAAGCUGAAGUUGGAGAAGGAUCCUCAAGGACGUGCUGCCCACCCACAUCUCGAUAAAUCUGAUUUAGAGAAACUUUUCCGUGAACACAUUAAGUCCUUGCAUGAGAGGUGUGCACAGGACUUCAGGGCUCUGUUGGUAGACGUCAUAACUUCAGAAGGUGCAUCUCAAGAAACAGAAGAUGGUAAAACCAUUUUAACAUCUUGGUCGACAGCAAAACUACUCUUGAAGAGUGAUCCGAGAUAUAACAAAAUGCCGAGGAAAGAGAGAGAAGCCUUGUGGCGACGACAUGCUGAUGAGAUCCUGCGGAAGCAAAAGAAAGAUCAAGAUCAAGUAGACAAACCUGCUGAUGGAAAAAGUAAAGCUAGCAUGGAUUCCGGCAAGCAUCCUUGGAGAACCAAUGACAGAAGAUAGCCGCUUCUCACGCUCGCUAAACUUUUAGCGCGCUGCAUCCCCCGUCAUUCCAUUUACAUGUGGCAUUUUUGUCCAAUUUGAACCUUGAAAUAUAUGUAGCUGACAUAGUUUAUGUGCUACUGCACCUUGUCGAAGUAAGGAGUAUAUGGAAAUGUGGUGUGACAGUGUAAGAAUUUCGAACUUAAAAUUUUGUAAUGUGAAAUUUUUGGUUAUCUAUGUGCUUACUGAUGA